AUGUUCUACGAGGGCACGCUGCAAGAGGGAAUCUCGACGGCCGUCGGACAGCAGAAAUUGGUCUUUUGCUUUGUCACAGACGACAACGCCGAAAGCGAAACCUGGGAAAAGGAAUUUCUCCAAGACAGCUCGCUCAAGGAUGUCAUUGCAAAACAAGCUGUCGCGUUGAGGCUCACGGCCGGCUCGGAGGAAGCUGGCUAUCUGGCCCAGAUAUUCCCCCUGCCCAAGACGCCGACAAUCGUCAUCAUGAAGCAUGGGGAGCUCAAGGAGUACAUUGCGGCCGGCGUCGGCAAACAAGACUUUUUCCGGCGGAUUCAAACCUCGUUCAAUGUCUCGCCGCCCCUUGCGGGUCCCUCCUUGCCAGAAGCCUCGUCUUCCUCGCCUCCGAGAGCUCCGAGUCUGGCAGGCGUUCCUUCUACCGUAGAACAAUCAGAGAAUGUUCGAAGGGUGCUGGAAGACCGCGCUGCGCGACAGCAAGCCGCCAAGAAAGAGGCGGACAAGGAAGCGGAGAAGCAGGCUCAACAAGAUGCCGCACAAGAGAAGAAAAAGGCGGCGGCCGCAAAAGAUGAGGCUGGGGCAGACGCACCCCAGCAGGCAGAGCUGCUCAAGAAGAAACAGCAAGCAGAGCUGCUGAAAAAGAAGAAGCAGCAGGAUUCCGACGAGAGACAGCGGAUUCUCAGGCGAAUUCAAGCUGACAAGGAGGACCGUCGCCACCAGGCUCAAGAACGAGAGCAGAGGAAACGCCAUAGCCAGUCGUCCAACGGCCAAUCCUCAUCGGCGGCCCUCACCCCUUCGCCCAGCACGUCAGCUUCCUCCAGGAGUGGCGAGUUCACGUCUGUUCAGGUGCGGCUAUUUGACGGAUCCACCAUCCGGUCACGAUUCAAGACGUCGUCGCCUGUCCGGCAUAUCCGGAACUGGGUGGACGAAUCCAGGACAGACGGCCGUUUGCCGUACGCGUUCAAGCAACUACUCACACCGCUCCCCAACCGACCCAUUGACGACACGGAGGAGGGUAAAUCACUCGGCGAUAUGUGUUUGUCGCCUUCAUCAACGCUGGUUCUCGUGCCCAUCCCAAGGUACGCGUCCGCAUAUGAUGAGGCUGUCCCCGGGAUCCGUGAUCGCCUUGUCGGGUUCGUCCUGGCCAUUUUCGCGUGGCUGCUUGGACUCGUCGGUCUUGGUGAAGCUUCGCGUAGCAACCAGCUUCCUCCCACGGCCCAGCAAGCUGCUGCCAACUCUGGCUCUGCGUCAAACCAGGCCAAGAAGCACCGGCGUCAAGGCCUUGGGAAUCCUAGUGACCCGCAACGGGACCCCCAGUUGUAUAACGGCAACUCGUUGAACUUUGAGCCCCGACCCGACGAAGAAGAACUGUAG